AUGGCUUUUCGUUCAGUCGAGCAUGUCGAGUACGAGACAUACGAGGAGAGACGCCUAGCCGGAGCAGAGCGUCAAAAAUGGCUCAGUGACCCCUCCACCCCCUGCCCAAUCCCCAAGUCAACGCUGACAUUCAAAGACAUCGUAUUAGACGCAGAAUGGCGCAUCGAUCAACUAGGCGGUCCACACGUUAUUCCAGAAGUAUACCAAGUCCAAGCCACCGCACUAGGCCUCCCGCUUGAGAACAACUAUCGCACAAAGUUCAUUUCCCGACUAGAAGAAGACGAGGAAAUCGACAUCGACGUCGGCUUCGAAAAUUGGGGUGGUAUAACAGGGCCAGGCGUAAUAAUCCUACAAAACAUUUUCAAAACAUUUUCACUUCCAACCAUACUUCCCUCAGGCAGGCCUUCCCAGAGUAUCUUCCCCUACAUGUCACGAGUUACGCAAGCAGUCUACGAGGAAGACUUUUGUCUGCACGAUUUGAGACAUGUAUUCGUGUCUGACAUUUUAAAUGUCGAUACUAGGCAGUUCGUUAGUCAUCAUAUUCACCAUGAGUCGAAACAGCUUGCUGAGGAACAUAAGCAAUUAUUGACGUGGGAGUAUGGGACUGAUGAUUAUCAGGCGCUACUGGCUACGCGGAUUGGUAAAUUGGUUGUUUAUUUGGUUCUCGGCGCUUUUGAGCGCGGGACAUGGCGCAUUGCGCGUGUUGCUACUUGGUUUCAUACUAAUGAGCUUGCGGAGACUAGGAAUUUGCAGAUGAGAUUUGAUAUCUUACUUUAUUAA